AUGUCCGCCGCAACAGACAAAGCUCGAUUUUAUCUCGAGCAGUCGGUGCCAGAGCUCAAAGAAUAUGAGCGUAAGAAUAUUUUUACCAAGGACGAAAUCACCUCGAUUGUCAAGAAACGAUCCGAUUUUGAGCACAAACUCAAUGCGCGCGGGGCUCAGCCUGCUGAUUUCGUGCGCUAUGCCGAGUACGAAAUGAAUCUCGAUAUUCUGCGGAAGAAGCGAGUAAAGCGACUCGGGAUCCGGUCUGCAGGGUACAGCGGACAGCGACGAAUUUUCUUCAUCCUCGACCGAGCCACCCGCAAAUUCCACGGCGACCUCAAUCUAUGGGUUCAAUAUAUCGAAUAUGCUCGAAAACAGAAAGCGCACAAAAAGUUGACCAUGAUCUUUACCGAUGCUCUUCGGUUACACCCCACGAGUGCGGAGCUAUGGGUUUACGCUGCCAAAUAUGUAUUGGAUGACCAUGCGGAUAUGACACAAGCGCGGAGUUAUAUGCAGCGCGGGCUGCGGUUUUGCAAAAGCGCAAGGACGCUAUGGAUCCAAUAUGCGAAGUUGGAACUGAUCUACAUUGCGAAGUUGGUCGGUCGCCAACGGAUCCUGGGCUUGGAUGCGGAGGCCCAACAGCCCAACGUGGCUCAGGAUGGAGGAUUCGAUGCCGACGCCGACAUGAUUUCGUUGCCACAAAUCACCGGAGAAGACGUCAACCCGAGUGUGGGAGAGGAUGGAGAGGUGGAUCAGGGUGCAUUGCAGGCCCUCAACUCCACGCCGGCCUUGAGUGGUGCGAUUCCGCUGGCCAUUUUCGAUGCCGCCAUGAAACACUUCAACAACGACGAUCGGUUUGGACUGGAGUUCUACAAGAUGGCAUGGGAGUUCCAGGAUGUGCCAUGUCUGCGCAAGAUCCUCGGACAUGUGGUGGAGGCCAUGCAGGCAAACAAGCCGGCCAGCCCCCGGAUGCAGAUCUGCUAUAUCAGGUUCCCCACUGCUGGGGUCCAUACCACAUCGGCCGAGUUCCCACGGGCGUUGGGGAGCUCCCUCGCUCGAUUGAAGGAGUCCCAUCUGAGCAGCGAUCUUGCACGCGAGGUUGUGGAUUGGUUGCAACCCAUCGGGCAAACCGAGGGAUUGGAUCCUUCCUUGCAGAAGGUCAUUGCAGCCACCAUUCGCAGUGCCGACCGAGCAUAA